AUGAUUGCUGUAUCCCUCUCCCGCGCCCUGCUCCUUGCGGGUACAUUUGCUCGCCUCGGUUUGGCCCAGACAGAGCCAACCAUUCUCGCCGAAGACGGGUCUGUCCUUUCUGCCAACGAGACCACCGUCGCCCCGGCUGCCGAGGUCGAGGUGGUUGGGGAUGCCGGUGAGGUCCUGCUGUUGACCGAUGCCGUCCUCGCCAACCUUACCGCUCUUGACCUCAGCGACAUCAAUCUCUUCACCUUCGACGAAGACGUCUCCGGCGUAACCACCAAGAGAAGCUUCUCAAGGGGCUUCCAGGUCGGCGACUGCAAGGUGUUCCCCGGUGACCGUGCCUGGCCAUCCCGUCUGAGCUGGACCGUCUUCAACCUCCUGACCGGUGGCGCCCUCAUCGAGACUGUCCCCAUCGGUGCCGUCUGCUACCCCAAUAGCGGCGUCUACAAUGCUGCCAAGUGCCAAUAUGUGCUUGCCAACUGGGCUCAGUCUGCUCUUCACGCGAGUGAUCCCACCUCGGUCAUGUCCCCCCUCUACCAGGGCGAGACGUGCAUGCCCCAGAACGGCCAGACCGGCACCUGCGAGAUGGGCAGCUUCCCCUCCUACUCUGUGAAGAUCCACAGCGUCUAUCAAGUUCAGCUUGCCGUCAACUUUGCCCGCAACCAGAACCUCCGUCUUGUCGUCCAUAACACGGGUCACGACUUCCUUGGUAAGUCGACUGGCGCCGGUGCCCUCUCGAUCUGGACCCACAACCUCAAGGACAUCAAGUAUGUCAAGUCGUUCCGCAGCCCUUCCUACAAUGGCCCUGCCCUCAAGCUCGGUGCCGGUGUCCAGGUUGGUGAGCUCUAUGCGGCCGCCAACAGCCUCGGUGUCACCGCUGUCGGUGGUGAGUGCCCCGGUGUUGGUGUUGCCGGUGGUUACCUUGCUGGUGGUGGCCACUCGCCCCUGAGCAGCAAGUAUGGUCUCGGUUCCGACCAGGUCCUCAGCAUCGAUGUCGUCCUCCCCAACGGCCGCUUCGUUACUGCCACCGAGACCAAGAACACCGACCUGUUCUGGGCUCUCCGUGGCGGCGGCGGGGGCACUUUCGGUGUCGUCACCUCCAUCACCGUCAAGGUCCACCCCAAGCAGAAGUUUGCUGGUUUCUCCAUGACCCUCAACGCCGGCCCCGAGUCCGAGAACAGCAUCGCCGUCUUCUGGCAGGCCAUGUAUGCCUACUGGCGCAAGUUCCCCGACUAUGCCGCCCAGGGCGUCUAUGGCUACUCCACCGUCUUCCCUCUAUUCACCGCCGCCGGUGGCUACAGCUGGACCUUCCACCCCUUCAUGAUGCCCAACAUGACCCUCGCCCAGUUCAAGGUUCACGUCCAGCCUCUCCUCAAUGAGUGGACUGCCAUGGGUCUCGCCUUCACCCCCAACUUCUUCGAGAAGGACAACCUCUAUGACGUCUGGACCCAGUACUUCCCUGCCGAGUCCGUGGCCAACAGCAACAUGCGCACCGCCUCCCGCAUGUUCCCCGCCAGCGUCUGGAACAACUCGACCAACCGCGACGCCUUAUUCGACGAGAUGCGCGCCAUUGUCGAGGAGGGCUCCGCGCUCAUCCAGUACAACAUGAACCCCCGCCAGACCGAGGGCACUCCCAACUCGGCCGCCAACUCCCACUGGCGCGACGCCAUCUGGUUCGCCAUCAUGGGCGCCGGCUGGGCCCCUGGCACCCCCGAGCCCGAGCUGGCCGCCACCAACAACAAGAUUACCCACGACUGGAUGGAGCGUCUCCGUGCCUGGGGCCCCGGUGGCUACGGCAACGAGGGCGAUGUCAUGGAGCCCAACUUUGGCGAGGCCUUCUUUGGCACCAACUACCAGCGCCUGCUCAGCAUCAAGCGCGAGGUCGACCCCAACGAUCUCUUCUGGGCUCCCACUGCCGUCGGUGCCGAGAGGUGGACCAUCCAGGGCCAGCCCAGCUGGUUAACCACCCAGGUCGGCAAGCUCUGCAAGAUCUCCAACUAG